UUAACAUUUUUAUUGGUAAAUUCUUUAGAGCCUAAAAACCACUAAAAGGCAAAAGGAGGAUAUAGGAUGCCAUUAUUUUCUUUGUACUUUAAAGGUAAAAGAUUAAUCAAUUUUUUCUUCUUUAAAUUCUCAUAGUAAAUGAAAUAUAUUAAUUUUUUCAGUACUUCUUAAAAGACCACAGUCAAGUCUUCAUAAGAUCCUUUGUACAUCUGUAAGAAUAAUUCUUGGUUAAAAUAUUAAUGUGUUGAAUUUACAAAUGCAAAAUAUGAUAUGCCUUGCUUAUUAUCUUCAUAGUGACCAAACAGGUCCUUAUUAGCUCCUAGAAAUAGGCCAUCUCUGUCUUCUCUUUGGCUUUUUUUCUCAUUAACACUGUCUAGCAAUAUUCCUGGCCCAGGAAUAAAGCCCAGCUCAGGUUUUUGUUCAAUAAAUGAGUGGAUAUGUUUUUAAGGCAAGUUUUAAAAUAAUAAAAACAAGUUUUCUGAAACUACUAGCUCACUACAAAGAUUAAUGAAGUACACUAUAUAAAUAUAUCCUGAUUUUAAAUAUUUUCAGCAGUAAUUUUAAAUGCUAUGCUUCCUGGCAUUCUUAAGAAUCAUCUAAUAUAAUUCAAAUUUCUCGUGCAGCUGGGAUCUUUGUUAUGGAGAUACUGUGAUGUGUGUUCAUGAGACCUACUAAAACUCUUUGAACUAGAGAUGCUUUCUGAAAAUGUCUUCUCUAGCCAUUAUUGUGUGUGCACAUGUGUGUGAUGUGUUUGUUUAUAUGUAAUUGCUAUUGUGUGUGUGCAUGUGCUUAUAUGGGGGAGACAUAGUGAAGGAUUCAAGAGCAGGUGAUCUUUCCAUUUGAGUAUCUAGGAUGAAAUUUGUCCCUUCUGCUUGGCAGAAAGUACCUUCAUUCCUGAGCCUUCUCCCUGGUCCCAUUUUUAUUUUAUUUUUUUUUAAUUUCACCUUUGUCCUCAUAAAAAUCAAGUGAACUAGGCAAGAAAAUAUGCAGUUGUCUUCCCAGCACAUAGCAGCUGAGACAGAAGUGCUUUGAGGCCAACCAUAGAGCUACAUUGCAAAAGCCCGUAUCAAAAGCAAAAAACACCAAAACCUAAACAGUCUAUCACAGCCUACCUUGGGCUACCUUCCUACACAACUAAGUCAAAGCCUUGCUCUUCAAAGAGAAUUCACUAUUUUGAACAACAGCUCCCUACAUAAUAAUAGGAACCCCAUUACUUUAAAUUUUUUGGAACACUUUCAAUAUAAUGGCCAAUGCAUCAAAUUGAUGAGUAUUUUGUAUCCCUUUAAGCUGUCUUAGAAUCGUGUCCAUACCUUACAGUUAGAGUAGGCUGUAUUUCAAACCAAUCACAAGAAGAUAGUGGUCACCAUGGGGUGGGUAUACUGGUGCAUCUCUAGACACAUCCCUGCAGUCCCUAUCUGUAUUCCAUACCUACUGUAGCAAACUGGAGCUCCUCCUACAGUGUUUUCUACACUGUCAGGUUACUUGUUAAAAAGGGAUUUGUUUGCUUUCUUUGUCUUCCACCCAAUUUUGCUCCCAAGUUCUCCUUUAAUAUACUCCAGAUACUAAGGUUUUUUUGUUUGUUUUGUUUUUUUAAAAACACACAUUAUUUAAAAAACAAAAAACAAAGAAUCAGAAUUGUACUGAGUGCAUGAUUCUGAGGUUCUUAUUACCGCCUCCUUUAUGCUGUCCAUGUGUCAUGCACAGAACUCUGAUGCUCUGGGUAAUUUCUGAAACAAAAUACAAUGAAAAGUUUUGGGGCAUUGGAGACAAUUGUAUUUUUGUAUCACUACCUCCACGAGCCUGGGGAUGCAGGCGGGGUUGGUAGCAUUAAAAAGACUUUACAACUUCGGUAGGCUCUACCUGAUUUCCUAAGUACCUCCCGACCAACCCACCCAGCCAAGGCCAUUCUAGCUCCUUGUCACUGGCCUGCCUCCCAUCGGGUGGCCUGCAGCCUCUGCCCCAGUGGCUGCCCGAUGGGGACCUAGUGUGCUGCCACACAUCUGGGGACAAGGUCAGACCGACAACCGGGAGGACCCAAGGUCAGUCCCCGGCCCUCAGGUGCGCAGGCGCCGGGUCGCCAGCCGGCGGCACUUGUCCAGCGGCCGUCAGCGGCGUCCUUGGGCCCAGAGCCUGCCCGCAGAGCCCAGACCUCCCUCUGGGCCGGGACAGCAAAGCCUCUUCACGCCCGGCCCUGACCCCGCGCUGACCGCUCGGUGACGCUUCUGCCAAUCAGAGGCAGCUUUGCGGACCAAUCCCAGUGCGUGGAGUGUCCUCUUGGGCGUCUCUUCCCUUCGUCCCUUCGUCCCUUCGUCUCUUCGUCCCUUCGGCUCCUCGGCAUUUUCCGUGGCCAGGCCUUAUCCGGCUUUCCUCAGACCCGGUGUUGCUUCUGGGUGUAAUUCCCCGCUCUCUCUUCAGCCACUUCCGGGUCUUCCGUCGCUCCGGAAGCCCGCAGAUUCCGGAAGUGAGGGCGACCCAGAUGCGGCCACGGAAUGCCCAGCUUUCCGGAGAUUGUUUGAGAAACGGCCGUGCGGCGCCCGGGCGUCCCGCAGACCCCGCAGGUCAGUGUCCGCUCGCAGCCGCCCCGCCGUAGGGCGCGCGGGCCGCACGCUCUGCGAGGACGGCGUCGCGAAGCUUGCCUUGGCUGCAGGCCGCGGUGGCUCAGUCUGUCUCGGUUCCGCAAAGGCGGUAAAGCAAGCCAGACGCCUAGUUUUCCUCUAGUUUAACGCUGUCACGCAGACAACGCUUCUGCCUCUGCACGCCCCGCGGCGACGCUGCAGACAGCCCGGAAAGCGCCUCCUCGCCUUUAGAACAGUACUAGAUUGAGUGCUUUAACUCUUAAAUAAGAAUCUCUUGUAGUUUAUGAGUUUUUCAGUGUUUUGGACUUUCAACGUUUCCAACAGCCCAUUCUUGGUCUUCGUGGCAAGAGUUAUGGAAGGUUUUCUUACAAGAGACAUAUGAAAACCCACUGAUGAGCUAACCAAGGAUACAUUCCAGCAACUCCUGCUGAAAUCGUUCUCCAAGACUCUCAGCAAGACCAUAGCCAGGAGUUCACAUCUCGGGUCUUUUGCACAGCCUGUUCCUUUUUCCUAACUCUUGGCAAGUAUGAGGUAAAGGCCUCCUGAAGCAGCUGUGCAGCAGAACUCUCUAUCAACUUCUGGUAGGCCGCUGAGUGCUGCAGGGGCCACGGGAACGGAGCACAGCCUUUUGUUUUAGACUCAAGAAACCCAAGGAUGGGGAGGAUCAGGUGAAAACCCUGGUUUCAAAUCACAUUGGCAACAGUUGAUGUCCACAGGAUCCAUGCCUCUAGUAGUUCCACGUGUUUAUAUUCUACAGGAAAAUAGAUCAAGUGAAGGAACCACUUAGAAAUUACAGACAGCAUCUGAGGAGAUAUGACUGGCAAAGAAGAGAAUAUGCAGAGUGCAAACAGAGUGCUGAGGAUAAGUCAGUUGGAUGCACUUGAACUGAAUAAGGCCCUGGAGCAGCUUGUGUGGUCCCAGUUUACUCAGUGCUUUCAUGGAUUUAAGCCAGGACUGUUAGCUCGCUUUGAGCCAGAAGUGAAAGCAUUUCUGUGGCUUUUCCUAUGGAGGUUCACCAUCUACUCCAAAAAUGCCACUGUGGGGCAGUCAGUUUUAAAUAUUCAGUACAAAAAUGAUUCUUCUCUCAACCUGAUAUACCAGCCACCGAGUAAAACUCAGAAACUGUGGUAUGCUGUGUGCACCAUUGGGGGAAAGUGGUUAGAAGAACGAUGUUAUGAUUUGUUUCGAAACCGUCAUUUAGCGUCUUUUGGGAAAGCCAAACAGUUCAUGAAUUUUCUGGUUGGACUUUUAAAAUUAGGUGAGUUGAUAAACUUCUUGAUUUUCCUACAAAAGGGAAAGUUUGCAACUUUGACAGAACGCCUCCUUGGCAUUCAUUCCGUAUUUUGCAAGCCCCAGAACAUGCGCGAAGUUGGCUUUGAGUACAUGAAUAGGGAACUUCUCUGGCAUGGCUUUGCUGAGUUUCUGAUUUUUCUCUUACCACUUAUCAAUAUCCAGAAGUUGAAAGCCAAAUUGUCUUCCUGGUGUAUCCCUCUUACUGGUGCUGCUGGUCAUGACAGUACACUAGGCAGCAGUGGAAAAGAGUGUGCUCUGUGUGGAGAGUGGCCCACAAUGCCUCACACUAUUGGAUGUGAACAUGUAUUUUGUUACUACUGUGUUAAGAGUAGCUUCCUAUUUGACAUAUACUUUACGUGCCCGAAGUGUGGCACAGAAGUGCACAGUGUGCAGCCCUUGAAAUCAGGAAUUGAAAUGUCAGAAGUAAAUGCUCUUUAGAAACCAAGUUGUUUCCUCUGAGAAAAGUGUAUUGUAUCCAGUUCCUUGGAAUUAGUCAUCCUCAGUGUCAUCUGUAGGUGGCUUUUAACAGGAGUGUGCUGUACAGCCACUCUCUUCCUUUACAAGCACAACUCAGUUCUAAUCACUGGAAACCAAAUGAUACUAGAAAAUCUUAUAAAUGUUCAUGUAAUUUUUUUAGAUCAUCUAAUAUAAUUUUUAAUGUCAAGAAUACUGGAAAUUUUUUGUCAGAUGAAUACUAAGAAUGACUAAGAAUUCUUCUUCAUAGAAAAAGGUCAGACUCUAAAAAUAAAAGAUUUUUGAGGCUCUGG